CGUAUCGACUUCUCCCGUGCAACCUCCCCCGGUGUCAUGUUGCCAUAACGUAAGUCCCCCUGUUGGAAAGACUGGAAACUGCUGUCAGUCAUCGCAUCCUCCCCCCUGUUGUUCACACGCUACAGACUACGUGACAAUUCAAGGGUGCUGUAGUGUUCUCCCUACCCACCCUGACCAGUACGGCUGCUGCCAUGGAGCAAAUCAACCUCCGUGUUGUYUGAAUCUACGAAUGAAGGCUGGGGAGCACAAGAACAUUACGUUGACGAGUGGUGGAAAAGAUUAUGUAUUGAGCCUUAAACUCUAUGGCUCAAACAACACAGGAACGGAGCCAACCCCUGGUCCUACUAAAACUACCCCUGGUCCUACUAACGCCACUUCGGGUUCCCCUACCCCCGUUCCUACUGACGCUACGGUCGACCCUACUUCCAAGCCUUCUACCRGCACCACCCCGGGCGGCACCACAAAAGCUCCAACGUCGAGUUCAGAUGAUUGUCAACAGAAAGCACUUACAGCUCACAACGACAAGAGAGAUAUYCAYAACUCGCCCCCGAUGACCUUAGACCCUGAACUUAACAAGGCCGCCCAAGAAUUUGCUACAAAACUCGCUGAAUCUAAACAAGUURAGCACUCGACAAAUMAAGAAAGACCAGGCCAGGGGGAGAACCUUGCCAAGUACUGUACAACUACAGACGAUGACUAUGGCUGUGACCAAGCUGUAAACGUAUGGUACAAGGAAGUUAGUAGUUACGAUUUUGGCUCACCUGGAUACUAUCCCUCUACUGGGCAUUUCACGCAAGUCGUUUGGAAAGCAUCCACUAAACUAGGAAUGGGCAAAGCUUUGUAUGUAGAUGAWGUUGGAAAAAAUUGCUACGUAGUUGUUGSCCGUUACCAGGCUGCUGGUAAUGUUAUGGGAGAGUUCCCGGAAAACGUCGAAAGAGGAAGUUUUACCGGACUUUAAUGAGAGUUAUCGUAACACCCAAGCGAUUUAAGCGAGUUCAUUGUAAACUAACAUUUAUCCUURAAAACGAUUUUMAAAAACAAUAAACUUCUGUUGCAUU